ACGAAAUUUGUGCCUCUGGAGGUCGCUUCCGUGCGACUCAUCAAAUAGCUGAGCAUGUAUUGCAGGUACCGCUCUGAAUCCUGAACGACUUGACUGUAGAUGCUGUCGCGAAGAAAUAGGUCGGCUACGGGUCACCAUGCUGCGACAGUUUACGACGAAUGCUGAUCAUAUGUGCUGUUGAUACUAGGUGGCGUGUGUCAUCAUUUUCCUCCAUGGUGAAACUGCUAAUUUUCCGCUGCCGUCUGUCUCCGAACUUGAGUGCUAUCGUCCCAUUGGGAUACAGGGCCCUGCGGCGGACCCAGUUCAAGUUCUCAUGCUCAAGAUCUAAACCAUACAUUUUGUAUCAUUUACUUCAUCCGUUCACGGGCCAAUGUAAUGGGGUUGCAUCUCACGUACGAGCUACACCGAGUGUCUCCCGAUACACAGCACCUCUUCAUCGUUGGCUAACUCGUACCCGUUAGCAC